UAUUGAGAUUUACUAAGCAUAUUGCAAUGUUUGCAUUCCCUAUGUUAUUAUGAAUCACAGUGAGAGUCCGAUGUCUCCCGAUUGUGUUUAGUACUGGCUCUCAAAAUGCUGAGACUAUUUACGGACAGAGAAUACGGCAUUAACAACCCUCUGAUAUUAUCCAGAGCUGAAACAACUAGAAGAAUAUUUAGUUUGGAACUUAGUAAACACAGAGAUGUCGACAGAGUCCAAAGUGGUGGCAUUAACAGCAUGGACAUUGACUUAAUUGAAUCAAGAUACUUGUUAUCAGGAAGCUCCACUGGAGGAAUAUCUGUUCAUGAUCUGGAGAAUUUCAGUGGGAAUGUGAAGCACUCCUAUAAGUAUGUUUGUGGAGUGGACAGGUCCAAUAGAUACAUGCACAAACACAGCAUCCAGACUGUUCAGUGGUACCCGUUGGACACGGGCAUCUUCACCUCCAGUGGAACUGAUAAACUAUUGAAAGUGUGGGACACUAACAGGCUUGUGCCUGCAGAUACGUUUGAGUUCAGCACUAUUGUAUACAGUCAUCACAUGUCUCCCAUCGCCACCAAACACAACCUGCUUGCUGUUGGCUGUCAAGGUUCAACGGUGAAGCUGGUAGAUCUGAAAGCUGGGUCGGCAACCCAUAUGCUCAAAGGACACAAGUCUUGUGUUAUGUCAGUCAAGUGGUCUACAAGGGAUGAGUUUAUUUUGGCAACAGGCAGUGCUGACAAUCGGGUCCUGCUGUGGGAUGUACGUACAGCCAAAGGGCACCUGAUGUCUCUAGAUCAACACAAUGGAGAAGCAGCGUCUUCAGUUGCCAGCUCCACAACAGCCCACGGUGGACGAGUGAAUGGCCUGAGUUUUACCCAUGAUGGCUUGUUUCUGGUGACAUUCGGCACAGACAAUAGGCUGCGUUUGUGGAACACAUAUACUGGAAAAAACUGCAUGGUGAAUUACGGCUCAAUAGAAAAUGACAGUAAGAAAAACGUCCAGAUUGGUCUGUCCCAAGGUGGCUGCCCGGAUGUGAUAUUUGUGCCAAGUGAUGGUAACAUUGACAUCUUAGAUCUUCAUAAAGGCGGCUACAUCAACACAUUGCGAGGGCAUUAUAACGUUGUGAACUGUUGUCUGUUUAACACUAACAGCCAUGAACUGUUCAGCGGAGGAAGUGACCGCAAUAUUCUGGUGUGGGUUCCCAACACAGACAGUGCAUAUGAUGAUCAUCUCAAGGAGGACUCUAAGAGCAAACAAGAUCCAAGUUUUGUGAAGAGAAUAGCAGCCACAGCUGACUCCUGGAGUAGUGAUGAAGAUGAAUGAUGAAGAUGAAUGAUGAACUUGUAUAAUUGGUUUGUCUUUUAAUUUAUUAUGAAGUUAUUUCGACUUGUUCUAUGCUUUGAUAAAAUCCUCAAAUGACAGCAAGAUGAUCAAAUACAGUGCCACUCUCAUCUUUUUCAUACAUCUAGAACAUAGUUAAGCACAUCUUAAUGAUAUUAUACAUUUUGACAUAAUACAUGCAUUAUAUAUUUUACUAAGUUUUUAUCAGAUGUUUGUGUUUCUAUUCACAAAGUGACAUACUUAAUACGAAAUAAAGAAACCUAAAUGACCUACCAGGGCUCCGUUUCACAAAGCGAUUGUAGCUCUAAAGUGAUCAUAACUCCCAUACUUUUACAAAAACUUAUGAUUGUUGUACUGCUACGAUCUUCCUGCACAAUGGGACCCUGAUGAAGUGAUUUGUAACUGUUCCAUUACAGUAGUUAUUUUUGACGGUACCUGUCUCUCAGGGUCAUUAAGUCUGUGACUGUCUUACUCAUCAUUCCAUUGCUUCAGCAUGUGUGACUCAUGUAUGUAUUUGCGACCAUCUGUGGAAACGUGCAGUGUUCUUGGACUUACCUUUCAGCAGGAGCUUUUCCUAUCGAAUGACAUUUAUCAAGUGAGAUCAAUAUCAUUUAUAGAUAUUUUGUAAAGAUACAUGUGGAAGAUCUACAUGGUAACAAAGAAGGUAAAGAUCAGAAAGUGAGUGCAUAACUUUUUAGUAAGUGUAUAUUUAAGGUGUACUGAGCAAUUAACUUACAGAACAUCACAUUAAAACUCCAAACUCAGAUUUACUUUCACAUGUAUAAAUUUUCCCUUUCAAAGUGUAUUUAUGCUAUUUAUCAUAAAUGUAUCUAAAUAAUUCUGUUCAAAGAACAAAAGGGAAAUCUCAAUGUUUCUGUUGUCUUAUCAGUAGUUUGCAGCAAAUGUGUUUCUACUAAAGAGACGAACUGCAAAUACAGCCAUUAUCCAGUAUUAAUGUAAAAAGUUUCAUUGAAGCAUAUGAUUGGUUGGAUUGUUGUUAAACGCCGCAGUCAACCGUAUUCCAAUUAUAUGGCGGCAGUCUGUAAAUAAUUGAGUCUGAACCAGACUAUCCAGUGAUCAACAGCAUGUGCUUCAAAUUACACAAUUGGGAUAUGAUGAUGUGUAAACCAAGUUAGCGAGAUUGACCACCUCACCUCUUAUGACAAGCAUGUGUUGCUGAAGACCAAUUCUAACCCGAUCUUCACGGGUCUGAAGCAUUUGACACAUUACCUGCUUUACACCCCUGAUGUUGUUCUGUAAUCAUGUGUACACACAAAGGGAUCAUGAUACCAUGACUGAUCCGUCACAUCAGUGAACAUGUCACUGACCCGGCAUAUGUGAAGCAUUAAAUGUUUUCACACAAAGUCUGUGUGGAAUGAUUGACUGACUGAUUGAUUGAUUGGUUGGUUGUUGUUUAAUGCACUGCCAGCUAUGGUAUACGGCAGCGGUCUGUAAAUAAUCGAGUCUGGCCCAGUCAAUUCAUU